AUGAUUUGUAGAGUUGCUCGACGUUAUCUCAAACGUCAAGAAUCAAAAGUUUCACGAUGGCAUUUGUAUAAAGUUGAAGCAGUUAGACGUUGGACUACUGUUGGUCGAUGGUGUAGCAACAUGAAAAUAUAUCUCAUACCAUGGGAGGCAAAAAUUAAAAAAAUUGAAAGUCAUUACGGUUCUGUUGUCUCGUCAUAUUUUACAUUUUUAAGAUGGGUUCUUAGUGUAAACAUAACAAUGACCGUUAUAAUGAUGUUAUUCGUUACUAUUCCGGAAUGGUUAGCAGAUUCUCGAGAUGAUCCAGAACGAUUUAAUCGUACCUAUCACAUUAAAGGGUAUUUCGAAUAUUCAUUAUUAUUUUAUGGCUAUUAUAGUAGUGAAACUUUUUUUGGUGAUACGGUUCAAUACAGUGUUCCUGUUGCUUAUUUUAUUGUAAAUUUAUUCAUUCUUGGCUAUAGCUUUUUUGUGAUUUUACGAAAAAUGGCAUCGAAUGCUCGACAGAGUAAACUUGCUGGUGGCAAAGCAGAACAAUAUGUCUUUAAUUGGAAGUUAUUUGCUGGUUGGGAUUACUCUAUAGGAAAUCCUGAAACGGCUGCAAAUGAUGUGAUGGCUAGUGUCAACAAAUUCCGAGAGGUAAUUGCUGAAUAUAAUGUGAAUCGGAAAAAGAAAUUCGAGUUAGUUUUCUAAUU